AUGGCGUCCACGGCAUUCCCCACCUUGGCGAAAAAGGUCCAGCUCUCCGACGGCACAACAUACGGCUAUGUCGCUGUGCCUCCUUCGACUCCAGAUCAUGUCUCCUUUCUCCUUCUCCAUGGAUAUCCUUUUUCCUCGUAUGACUGGCGGCACCAGAUAGCCGGUCUACAGGAAGCGGGAUAUGGUCUUAUUGCACCGGACCUUCUCGGAUACGGUGAUACUGACAAACCCAGGGAUCUGAAAGCUUAUCGCAAUAAAACCAUGAGUACACAUAUCGUUGAGAUAUUGGAUAGAGAGGGUAUCGAUAAAGUAGUCCUGGUGGGACAUGAUUGGGGAGUCGGCCUCGCAUCCCGCCUAGCAACCUACCACCGCUCCCGAUUCUACGGUCUAGUGACAAUCGCCGUCGCAUACAUCGAACCAGGCUAUGAAACCUUUGGCUACUGGAAAUGGCACAACACCGACGAAGCAGCUCAAGACUGCAACAACCACUCUUCACCCUCCUCUACCCCCACGACCCAUCCAUUUGGAAAUCCGACUUCGCCCCAACCGAUAAAGCAGCCGAAUUCGUCCGUUCCGGGCGUAUAA